AUGGAGAAUCGCGGAGAAAACUUCGAGAUCAUUAUCAUUGACUCGGACGACGAUGACUUGGAAGUGACGCGAUAUGUGAACUCAACCCCCACCUCAACCGUCCCAAAAGCUAGAAAUUCUGCCAACGUGAAAUCAGAAUGUUCUACGCCUCUCAGACCGAAUACUCUGGAUACCCCUUCGCGUAUCACAGUCAAUACUCCAAUCAAAGUUCAAUCUGACAGUGAAAGCGAUGAUGAAUUCAAUGAUGGCGAAGCGGCAUACAAGAAGUUCAAGGAUCGCAAGUCUGUCAAGCGCAAACAAACUGCAGCUGCAAAUCGCAAAGCAAAGCUUCCCAAGAUUCCCAAGAGAGAAACACCGGCUGAUGACAUGAUCGUUGGUCUUGCUAAACCCGAGAAAACAGUAUUGAGACCUAAGCGUCCUCUGAGGCAAUAUGGCGAAGUAUCAUCCGAUGACGACUUGAUGGAAUAUACGCUCCCGAGUUAUGUCAAGCAACGUCGUCUGAAAUUUGACCGGAGACAGGAGCACCUUGAGGAGUAUGGACUAAAGCUGCCACCCUCUUAUGAGGACGUAGAAUUUUCCGAUGAUGAGCGCCUCGAGCAUCUACAAGAGAAGCCUUCUUUUCCGGGGAGAACCCCCGUUCGUGAAUACAAGGAUAUUACAUUACCCUACUCUCUUGGCUUGAUCCCCGCACCGAUUGCGCAAUGGCUGCGCCAAUAUCAAGUCGAGGGAGUGGAAUUCAUGCACGAGAAGUUUAUCUACCAGAAAGGUGGAAUUCUCGGAGACGAUAUGGGCCUUGGGAAAACUAUCCAGGUUAUUGCAUUCCUGACGGCAGCGUACGGAAAGACUGGUGAUGAACGCGACGGAAAACGAAUGCGCAAGAUGCGCAGAUCUGCUGGCAAACCAUGGUACCCACGCACCUUGAUCGUGUGCCCUGGGACCCUGAUCUCAAACUGGGUUGCCGAGUUGAAUAGAUGGGGAUGGUGGCAAAUUGAAGUCUACCAUGGCGCCAGCAAGGAUAUCCCCCUUGAAUCUGUGAGAUCGGGCAUGGCCGAAAUCAUGAUCACCACCUACACCACCUAUGUGAAUAACAAGGGGCUGGUGAAUCUCAUUGAAUGGGAUUGUGUGAUCGCCGACGAAUGCCAUAAAAUCAAGGAACGAAGAUCGGAAACGACUAUAGCUAUGAACGAGAUCAACGCCUUAUGUCGUAUUGGUCUGACAGGCACAGCGAUCCAAAAUCGGUAUGAGGAGCUAUGGACUCUACUGAAUUGGACCAACCCUGGUGUGCUUGGUCCGGUGACAACAUGGAGAGCCCAAAUUGCAGAACCUUUAAAGAUUGGACAGUCACAUAAUGCAACUGUGAACGAACUCAGCAAGGCCCGAAGAACCGCCAAGAAGCUCGUCGAAAAUUUGCUACCGCAGUUCUUUCUCAGGCGGAUGAAAUCUUUGAUUGCAGAUCAAUUGCCGAAGAAAAGUGAUAGAGUAGUCUUUUGCCCUCUAACUUGGUCACAAGCAGAGGCAUAUGAAAAUUUCUUGGACAGCGACAUUGUACAGUCCAUCAAGAAUUCCACCGACCCAUGCGACUGUGGAGAAAGAAGAAAAGCAGGCUGGUGCUGCCAUAAGUUUGUGGAUGGUACGGAUAAAACUUGGCAAGCUCUCGUCUUCCCUGCAAUUGCAGUAUUGCAAAAACUAAGCAAUCACCUGGCCCUUCUUAUUCCUCAGGGAAAUGACCCGAAAGAGAGACAAGAGAAGGAAAAGGACAUGCUACAGAUCGCGCUCCCCGAUCAAUGGGAAGAUCUAUAUCGCUCUCGGGACUCGAUCAUGAACUACGCGAAUCCCGAAUUUUGCGGGAAAUGGAAGGUUCUCCGUAAAUUGCUCAAGUGGUGGCAUUCGAAUGGAGAUAAAGUGCUAGUAUUUUCGCAUAGUGUACGUCUCUUGAAGAUGCUGCAGAUGUUAUUCACACAUACCAGCUACAAUGUGAGCUACCUGGAUGGCUCCAUGAAGUAUGAAGACCGGGCUCUGGCGGUGGAUGAGUUCAACUCCGAUCCUAAGCAGUUUGUCUUCUUGAUCUCUACCAAAGCGGGUGGUGUCGGCCUGAACAUCACAUCUGCCAACAAGGUAGUCGUCGUGGACCCGAACUGGAAUCCAUCUUAUGAUCUUCAAGCCCAAGACCGGGCCUACCGCAUUGGACAAGUCCGUGAUGUCGAGGUCUUCCGUCUUGUUUCCGCUGGCACCAUCGAGGAGAUCGUCUACGCACGGCAAAUCUACAAACAGCAACAGGCGGAAAUCGGGUACAAUGCUAGCUCCGAGAGGCGAUAUUUUAAGGGAGUCCAAGACCAAAAAGAUCAGAAGGGCGAGAUCUUCGGCAUGCAAAACUUGUUCUCGUAUCAAUUUGAUAACGUCGUCUUGCGUGACAUCGUGAACAAAACUAAUGUCGCUGAAAGUCGAGCCGGUGUUCAGGUCAUGGAUUUCCACUUUGAGGAGGAUGAGGAUGCCACUGGUGACAGACCUGUUAAGUCCGAAGACGAAACCAUGAGCCAAUAUGCCGCUAUGAUCCGCGGCGAUGGAGAAGAUGACCGUCCUAAACCUCGUACUCCCAACACCCCACACAAACACGAUCCAGUCCAAGCGAUUCUCUCCAGUGCUGGAGUGGAAUAUACUCACCUCAACAAUGAAGUGAUUGGGUCCUCCCGUGUCGAGGAGAAGCUUAGUCGUCAGGCUGAGCAGGUCAACAAUGACCCGGGUGCUGAUUUCCAAGUCUUCGAGGGAUCAUCACAAAUGCAACCAGAUGACGACCAAACACGAACACCCCGUCCCCGCCAGCCGGAUCAUUCGCCGUUUCGGUUCAAAUAUCAUCCACCGGAAGGUGUCAAACGUCGGCAGUUUUGCAGCAUGGCACGGCGGUUGGGAUUUGCUGAUGCGACUGAGUUUGCACUUGUCGUUGAAAGCAUGACACAAGCUGAACGAAGAGCAUGUCUUGAUCGAUGGUACUCGGAACGACGGGAUGUAUUAUUGUCCAAGGAUGAAAAGACCAAGACCGAAAAGAUAAAGGACGAACACAUCAAAGAUGAACGGGUCAAGGGUGAGGAUAUCAAGGACGGAAUGGUCAAGGGUGAGGAUAUCAAGGACGGAAUGGUCAAGGAUGAACAUAUCAAGGACGAGGACAGAAAGGUCCAGCGAAUCAAGAUCGAGAUGAAUCAUGAUUCCUGA